GUUCUGAUAUCCAGCCCCCGCCAUGAUCUAGCAGCCCCCGUAUUGAAGCCAAUCUCUGUAUAAGAGUACUUGCCUCCCCGUCGCAGUAAGCUCUUUGCGAAAGUAUUUCAUUUUUCAUCAACAGACAUCGUAUAGAAGCACAAUGAACCGCGGCAUAGGUCUACCAUCCUGGUGAUAAAGUUACCCAUUUCCUGUUCCUUUAACCACUCAUCGCCUCAGGAACACUUCCAAACUUGAUGAGCGUCCAAAACACAUUCGAUCACAGUGUCAAUCUUUUUCUAGAAAAUAGUCAUUCCCCAACAGAAAAUUCUGUUCUGUUGACGUUGCUUCUGCUGCAAUCCUGCCCGUAAGCAAUAACGGCCUUUAAGGCGAAAUUUCGACGAAUACAUUGAGGGUCAAGGACCUACCGGAAGAGACAAAAGGGCGAUACUCGUGAAAGAGCACCACCGCAAGUCACCAUGUCGAUUAAGCUAGCAUUGGCAAAAAUUAAAAAGGUCAGCUCAGAUAGCGAAUUGGUAUCACCCCGCCGGAGCAUAGCUCAAUUCAUGCAUGGCCGCGACUUCGUAUACUCGAGCGAUGACACAAGCGAGGAUAGCGAGUCCAUGAGCCGAAAGGAGCUUAGACGUGAAACACGACGGAAAGCGAAAUCACAAUCCCGUUCUCGAGCGAGUGAAGAAUCCAGUAUUGAUCUUGUGAGGAAGAAAGAGAGAGAUGAACAAGCUGCAAAGGAGGAAACUGAUGAGAUGCGGGCGCGAUAUGGGGAUUUGCCCUUUAUGCAAUCACGGGAUCGCCCACGACAAACCCUCGCCAAGUUUGAUUCAAUCACUCCCGACAUGGCUGGGCAGGAGAUCACUUUUCGUGCGCGCCUUCAUGUCGUUCGCCGCAUGGGACAGAAGUUGGUUUUUCUUGUUUUCCGUCAGCAAGUGAUCACUCUACAAGGCGUCCUUACCGAGAAGAAGGGAGAGAUAUCUAUUCUUAUGAUUCAGUGGGCAGAGCACAUCCGGGUUGGCUCUAUACUCAAAGUGAAGGGGGUGAUCCGAAAACCAGAAGUUCCCGUCAUUGGGACAACUAUGCAUGACCUGGAGGUACAUAUCCAGGAAAUCCAUGUCAUCGUCCGAAGAGAAGAGCCAAUCCCAUUCAGCGUCUAUGAAGCCGAACUCCCAGCAGUGGAAGAGGAAAAGAUCGAAGGUAGACGUACACGAGUGCCGGACCGGACAAGAUUAUCGAAUCGCAUCCUUGAUCUUCGGACAGACACGUCCCAGUCAAUUUUCCGCAUUCAGUCCGUAAUCUCUUCAUAUUUCCGUUCCACGUUGGACUCAAUGGGCUUCAUUGAGAUACACACACCAAAGUUGCAGGGCGCAGCGACCGAAUCGGGGGCCAGCGUUUUCAGCGUACGUUAUUUCAAUCGUCCUGCUUUCUUAGCCCAAAGUCCUCAGCUUGCGAAACAAAUGGCUAUCGCUUCUGAUUUUGAGCGAGUAUACGAGAUUGGAGCAGUCUUCCGCGCGGAAAACUCCAAUACCCAUAGACACUUAACUGAAUACACGGGUUUAGAUAUCGAAAUGGCGAUUGAGGAGCAUUAUCAUGAAUCUCUGGAAGUCAUUGAUCAAGUGAUAAAAAAGAUCUUCGAGGUAAUUUAUGGCAAGCACAGACGAGAGGUGCAGAUCGUCAAGCACCAAUUUCCCUCUGAGGAUCUGGUCUGGCUGGACAAGACCCCUAUCAUCACGUUCUCCGAAGGUAUCAGGAUGCUCAACGAAUCUGGAUGGAGAACUGAGGAUGGGAAAGAGCUCUCAGACCUGGAAGAUAUUUCAACUCGCGACGAGAUUCGACUAGGUGAACUAGUCAAGGAGAAAUACCACACUGACUAUUACAUCAUGGACAAAUUCCCCGCGUCCGCUCGACCUUUCUACGCGAUGCCUGACCCAAAUGAUAACAGAUUCACGAACGCGUACGAUAUUUUCGUACGAGGUCAAGAAAUCGUAUCUGGUGGGCAGCGUAUUCAUAAUCCAAUCAUGCUUGAAGAGCGUAUGAGGCAAAUGGGUGUCGAUCCUGCCUCCAUGGAAGAAUAUAUGGAAGGAUUCCAAUGGGGUGUACCUCCUCACGCCGGUGCUGGUAUUGGUUUGGAGAGAAUGCUGAUGUUAAUUCUGAAACUGGGCAAUAUACGACUUGCUUCAAUGUUCCACCGUGAUCCCAAGAGCUUCCCGGCUCAAGACCAACCAAUGGUUCUAAGACACCCGGAAGCAUCCACACUUCACCCUCCAUGGGAAAGUAAUUCGACAUCGGCGAAUGAGGCUCCGCUAAUCGAACGAAAGUUCCAGGAACUCGCAGACCUUAUUGCAAAUUACGGCGAUGCCACCUCCACGUCUUGGUUCGAUGAACGAUUUCAGGUAUGGAGGGACGUCAAUACUGGCGCCGCAGUUGCCUACGUACCCAUCAACGGGUACGCUAUCAUCGCAGGAAAUCCACUCUGCGAUGUUUCACAGUACCCAAAAAUUGUACCACAGUUCCUCCGCUGGCUCAAGAAGGAGACUCGACUAAAACCCAUCUGGAUCCUCUGCUGCCUCGAGGUCGAAGAUAUCCUCGGUGAAAAACUCGGCUGGCGGAGCCUGUCCUGCGUUGCUGAAGAACGAGUCGAUCCGCUGCACAAUCAAGCCGCGUCUGACGGUGAAAUAGCCCGCAAGAUUCGCCAAGCUGAGAACAACGGAGUAAAAAUCACCACUUUCCAGUUCGGCCAGUCAAUACCUGGGAAGCUCCAGGAGAGAAUCGACAAGCGAAUUCAUGGCUGGCUUUCCAACCGCAAAGGAACGCAAAUCCACCUCUCUCACAUAAGACCGUGGCGGGACCAACGGCACAGACAGUAUUUCUAUGCUACCGACCGCGACGGCAAUAUCUGCUCCUUUGUUACGCUUGCGCAGCUCUCUCCUAAAAACGGUAUGCAAGUCAAAUAUAGCUUGGACUUCCCUGGUUCACCUUCCGGCUCCAUCGAGUAUAUCGUCACGCACGCUAUUCAAACAGCGGCUAAAUCGGGAGUCAAAAUGCUUACUUUCGGCGGUGGCGCAACUGCGACGUUAACUCCAGGGCACAACAUCAGUAGUACAAAGGCAAAAAUCCUAGCGACAACGUAUGAAGCUAUCGUGAAGCAAUUUAAGUUGAAUAGAAAAACGGAAUUUAGGGCAAAACUGGGUGCCCAUGAGGAUCCGGUUUAUAUUGCAUACCCGAAACACGGACUGGGGACGAAAGGAAUCAGAGCAGUCCUGAAUUUCUUUGAAGAUUGAUUUUGACACCGUGCCUCUUUUUUCCCGGCAAAGUUAAUAUUGUGUCCUAUUUUGCGCUGUCAGUAAGAAUGCUGGAGUUUUUGUCAAUGGAUAUCCUUCUUUUAAUACAUUUUCUGAUACCUGUUGAUAAAAUUUGAGGCGCUCUUGGAUUAUGUCUUUGAUAUGUAUAUCUAUUCAUUCACAGCCUAUGUAAGUAGAGAAUUUGAUAUUUUCGCAACUCACG